AUGGUUUCUUUAAGGUUUCAGAUCCCCACCACCGUGAUCCUCAGUUUAAUCUACGUUGCAUAUGUUCUUGCUGGGGGUGCUAUUUUCUGGUACCUGGAAGGGAAUCAAAUGGAGGAAAACUCUCAGAUUUUUGACAGAAAGAAGGUAGAAUUACUGGAACAAUUCAGCUGCAUCGAACAGCAUGCACUGGAAAACUUUGCCCAGCAAGUAAUUUGGGCGUACAAGAGUGGGAUCAUCUUUACAGGGAACCGAACGCUCCGUGGCUUCUGGCAAUUCAGCAGAUCAGCUGUGUUUAGUGCCACUGUUGUCACAACCAUAGGCUAUGGGGACAUGAGUCCCACCACGACUAGUGGUCAGCUGUUCUGUGUGCUCUUCGCACUGUUCGGGAUCCCUCUUAACGUGGUGGUACUCAACAGAUUCGGCAAGUUCAUGCUUUCCAUUGAGCAGAGAACCAGUGGUUACAUCGGAAGGAAGAUCAAUCGCAGGAAAACGGCCCGAGUUGCAGUCGCUGGGAUAUCCUUCCUGGUCGGCAUGACAUUGUUUAUCUUCAUCCCAACAUACGUCUUUCACACCUUCGAGAACUGGACCUAUCAUGAGGCAUUCUACUUCACCUUCAUCACUCUAGCUACCAUUGGCUUUGGGGAUUAUGUUGCAGGAGACGACCCUGACAUAAUCUACCCGUUUUGGUACAGUCAGGUUGUGGCAGUCUGGAUCUUCUUUGGGCUGGCGUGGUUGUCCCUGGUCAUCAACUUAUGCAUUGAAAUGCUGGAGAAGCUCAGCUUAUACCUGAAGCAGAGGCAGUUGAAUACUCUGGAGAAUAAAACCAUCGAGGAGACUGUGGAGGAGCCUGGCCCUGCACAGCCUGCGGAGGAGACAAGCGUGUGA